AUGGAGCAAUCAUCAAAUAACAGCAACCACCACAUACAAGGUACUGAGCGAAUCGCCAUCAAUUUGUGUCGGGAAGCACCUGGAGUAACUGAGGUAAAGUCUAUCGACUUGUUCCUGAAUCACAUUCUACAAUCAAUCCCCAACAAACAAAUCACAAUGUCCAAGUCAAGACUGCCCCUCGCGCUCGGUUUAACCGCCGCUGGUGGUAUUGGUUACUACCUCUAUAGCGCGGGUGGUGACGGCAAAGUCGCCCAGAAGAAAGCUGAAGCCGACGCGCACAGAAUCUCUACCCAGUUCAAGUCGGAGCUGCCCGGUCGGGGAGAGGAGGCGAAGAAGGAUGCGGAGAAGUACGGCGCACAAGCUGGCGCAAAGGUCGACAAUUCUCUCAACAAGACGCAAGCCGAAUUGCGGAAGGCCGCCGACGAAGCUGAAGCCUACGCAAAGGAUGCUAAAGCCGCUACUCAGAAGAAGAUUGACGAAUUCGACAAGAAGGUCGAGGCCGAGGCGUCCAAAGCCAAGAGCGGCAUCUCAGGCUGGUUUGGUGGCGGCGGAAAAUGA